AUGAACCUAUCUUCAAUGGGCCUAAAUAAAGAGCUAAUAAUGGGAUACUCCCCAUCUGAGAUGUCCUUAUUUAGCCCGUCGUCGUUGCUACACACUUUUAACUUCAUAAAUUUCAACGAAGAAUCAACCAUCAACUUAGAAUCAAAGACCCAUAAAUUCAUCAUCCCACUGCCUUUAUAUUCCAAACGAAAUAAUGCGUUGAAUCCGGAAUUUGUCUAUUUGAUAGGAAUUGUCAUUUCAUUGUUCUUUGGACUCCUUUUAGCAUUUAGAUUAUUAGGGUUGCUGAUAAGGCUGAAGAAACAAUCUUUCAUAUACACCCCCAAGCCUGCGCUUCAAAAUUUCAAAAUCGCUUCAAUAACAGCUCAAACGGUUUUCCUAGUGCUGCUUUGGGCAUUAACUAGAUUGUCCGUCUUUUUUGUAUUGAUUCCUGUCACAAUACUAGCACUUGUGAUUGCUGUUAUAGAAUUUAGGGCAUCGCCAAUUCCAGUUUCCGAGUCGCUAUUAUUUUGGAUUGUGAAUACUGCCUAUUUGUUUGCUGCCUUUGUGCAAGACUCGGUCUCGAAACACAAGGUUUUUGGUUUCAAUGGGCCAUCCUUUAUUUUAGAAGUUUUGUUAGUUGUCAACAGUUUAUCCAUUUUCAUAUUGGAGGUUGGUUAUUACAAACCAGGCUUCGAUGAUUCAGAUUUACCAUUCAUGGAUAAAGUGAAUUUGUUCUCAUACAUUACGUUUUACUACCUACAACCACUUAUUGACCAAAUAUACAAAACCGAUGAUGUCAAAUUUGAAGACUUGCCAAAUAUAUUAGGUGAACUUUCGUGUGAUGAAACAAAACCAAGGGUUAUGAAGUAUUGGGCUGACCAAAAAGAAAAAACCAAGGGGAAACCUGGGUUGACGACAAAAUUGUGGGCAUUAAUCAGAAGAAAGAAAGUCGAAAACAAGCCAAAUCUAUUUGCUGCUAUAUUUGGUGCGUUUGCUCCUGAUUUUUACAAAAACUUUGUAUUAAACAUUAUCCAAACUGCUUUGGUUUUUGCACAGCCAUUUGUUUUGAGAAAGUUUAUCCAAUUCUUUACUGCAUACUUUUACAAUCAUGAGAAACCACCGAUUAUCAUUGGGUACUUUUGGUCAUCUUUAAUGUUUGCAAUUUCAUGUGCCAAUUUCAUCACUUUCAACCAAGCAUUUACUUUGCAAUUCAAUAUCGGGUGCGGUAUUCAAUCUUCUUUGACAACAAUCAUUUACGAAAAGGCACUACGGUUAUCACCGCAGUCACGUAAGAACAAGCCUACAGGAGAUAUCAUCAACCACAUUACAAUGGACAUAGACAUCAUCUUUUGGUUCUGUUGGAGUCUUGGUGAGUUCAUUUCAGCGCCAUUAAAGUUGAUUGUAUGCUUGUUCUCCUUGUAUCAGUUGUUUCGUAAUGCUACCUGGGCAGGUGUUUUGACAGCCGCGGUUGUAACGCCAUUAGCAACAUACGUCAAUGCUUCUAUGUCCAAAAAUUACAUCCAAUUGAUGAAAGAUAAGGAUGACAGGACAAGUUUGAUAACAGAAAUUUUGAACUCGGCAAAGAGUAUUAAAUUCUACUCAUGGGAGAAACCAAUGUUGAAGCGCUUGGGUCAUAUUAGAAAUGAUAGAGAGUUAACAAAUAUUAAAAAAAUUGGUGUUGUUAGUGCCUUGGCCCAAUUUUUAUGGUCAUGUAUCCCAUUCUUUGUCAGUUGCGCUACUUACGCAGCUUAUUCUUACUUUUACAAGGUCCCUUUAACUCCAGAUAUUGUUUUCCCAGCAUUGGCAUUGUUUGACUUGUUGUCCGAACCUAUGUUGUUGAUUCCAAAUUUCAUUGUUGAUAUAAUUGAAGUUUCCACAUCGUUAUCGCGUAUUGGAGAGUUGCUUUGUUUAGAUGAAUUGGCAGAUGAUCAGCAAGGGCAUGUCAAAAGAGAUUUGAAUGCAAAAGAUAGUGCAGAAGACUCGGUCAUUGUAAAGAAUGCCACCUUCAUCUGGAAUGCUAAUGCAGAUGACGCACAGGAAUACCGAGAUGAAGAGAGUGAAAUACAAGAAACUGCAUCCACAAAUAUUGCCUUGAAGGAUAUCAACUUUGUCGCUAAAAAAGGCAAGCUAACAUGUAUUGUUGGAAAAGUUGGUACUGGAAAGUCAUCGUUGAUAAAGGCUAUCUUGGGAGAUAUUCCAAUUCAAAUUCCAAAAUAUUCCGAUGGAAACGCUACCGCUUUUCCAAGCAUUGAAACUUUUGGAUCCAUUGCAUAUUGUCCUCAAAAUCCGUGGAUUUUGAAUGGUACAGUCAAGGAAAACAUUUUGUUUGGUCACAAGUACGAUUCCGAAUUCUACAGAAAAACGAUCAUUGCGUGUGAAUUGGUAUCUGACUUCAAAAAUUUACCCGAUGGGGAUCAAACAGUUGUCGGAGAAAAGGGGAUAUCUUUGAGUGGUGGUCAAAAGGCAAGAAUCUCUUUGGCAAGAGCCGUAUAUGCAAGAGCAGAUAUUUAUCUUUUAGACGAUGUUUUGUCUGCUGUUGAUGCUCACGUUGGUAAAGCAUUGAUCAAACAAGUUUUGUCAGAUACUGGUAUUAUUGGUGACCGAACAAAGGUUUUAGCCACAAACUCGGUUCCUGUUUUACACGAAGCUAAUGAUAUUUAUCUUUUGGUUGGUGGUUCUAUAGUCGAGCAUGGUAAUUAUGACACUGUUAUGAAAAGUAAAGGAGAUUUGGCAUCUUUGAUCAAAGAGUAUGGAAGAAAGAAAGAAGGUAAAGACGAAGGUAAUGAGUCGGAAGCCCUUGGGCAGGAGCAAGUCGAGCAAUCUAAACCAGUAGAUCCAAAAGAAACACUCCAGACAGAGGAUUUGGUAGAUGAAAUUGUUGACUAUGUGGGUGAAGAGAAUAGGGGUGUUGUCCAACAAGCAGUCUUACGUCGCGCUUCAUUGGUCUCCUACAAUCAUUCAUAUGACAAGGAUGAAGAAGAACAAGAUGGAGUCGUGAGGAAGACAGGUCAUACUGAGGAAGAAACGAGAAAAGGUACUGUUCCAUGGAACGUAUUUAAACAAUAUAUUGUGGCUUGUGACUACAAAUACUUUUCAGUCUAUGUUGUGGGUACAUUGUUUACCUUGUUGAUCACCGUUGGUGAGAAAUAUUUAUUGAGUUAUUGGUCGGGUUUGAAUAAGGAGGAGAACAAAACUGUCAACCCUGCAUUCUUUUUGGGACUUUACGCAGCACUUGGUGUUCUUUCGGGAUUGUUGACCUACUUGACUGCUCUUGUUAUAUGGGGCUAUUGUAUUGUCAAAGGAGCCGCUUAUUUCCACAACAAAAUGGCUAACUCAGUCUUGCACUCGCCAAUGUCCUUUUUCGAUACAACUCCGGUUGGUCGUAUUUUGAACAGGUUUACCGAGGACAUUGGUAAGAUUGACAUGCAUUUGCCUUGGAUGUUAAUUGGCUUUAUAUCAACUGUACUUAACGGUUUGGUUACUUUUGGAGUGAUAUUUUAUUCCCUUCCGGGAAUGUUUUUAGUUAUUGCUGGAUUGUUGUUUGUAUACAAUUAUUUCAGAGUUAGGUUUAUUCCAACAGCUAGAGAGUUGAAAAGAUUGGAGUCUGUUGCAAAGUCACCAGUGUUGGCAACUAUUCAAGAAUCGAUCAAUGGUGUUGAGACCAUCAAAGCUUUUUUUCAACGUGACAGAUUUGUGCACAAAAGCAAAAAGUUCAUUGAUGACAAAGCAUUGAUUGGAGUUGUUAUUCAGAAUUGUAAUAGAUGGUUGUCCAUGAGAUUACAAUCAAUUUCGUCUAGUAUCAUGUUUUGUACAGCAUUGUUAGCUGUUGUGACCUUGGGGGGUAAGCAUCCGAUAUUGCCAAGUGUUUUGGGAUUUGUUAUGACAUAUUCAUUGACUAUUACUUACAUCUUAAACUCAGUGGUUAGAUACUGGGCUGAUAUGCAAUCUGGUGGAGUUGCAAUAGAGAGGAUUAUUGAAUACUGUGAUUUACCCUCUGAAGCUCCAAUGAUUAUUGAAGAAAAGAGACCAGACAAAUCAUGGCCAGCACAUGGUGUGGUUAAUUUCAAAAAGUAUAGUACUGCUUAUAGAGCUCACUUGGACCCUGUGUUGCGGGAAAUUGAAUUGACGAUUGCUUCCAAAGAAAAAGUUGGAAUAGUUGGACGAACAGGUGCAGGAAAAUCAUCUUUAACAUUAGCAUUGUUUAGAAUCAUCGAGGCUACUGGUGGUGAUAUCGAAAUUGACGGAAUUAAUAUUGGUGAAAUUGGAUUAUAUGACCUUAGACAUCAUUUGACCAUUAUUCCACAAGAAGCUCAUACUUUUAGGGCAUCUGUGAGAGAGAAUUUAGAUCCAUUUGGAGAAUACAAUGAUGAGAAAUUAUGGAGGGCGUUAGAGUUGGCACAUUUGAAAGAGCAUGUUGAGAAAAUGGAGUCCGACCCCACAGAGGCAGAGAAAGAAGCCAGCAAAAAUCCUGAUGAGCUACCAAAGAAACAUGGAUUGGACGCGGAUAUCGAAGAGGGUGGUUCCAACUUGUCAGCUGGUCAAAAGCAACUCUUGUGUUUAGCCAGGGCUUUAUUGAAUGAGACUAGUAAGAUCUUGGUUUUGGAUGAAGCCACCGCUGCUGUCGAUUUCCAAACAGACAAGAUUAUACAAGAGACAAUCAGGGAACAGUUUAAGGAUAAAACAAUUUUAACCAUUGCUCAUAGAAUCGAUACUAUCAUGGACAGUGACAAGAUUUUGGUGUUGGAUCAAGGACAGGUUGCCGAAUUUGAUACGCCAGAGAAUUUGCUCAAAAAUAAGAAUAGUAUAUUCUAUUCCCUUUCGAAAGAAGGUGGGUACAUAGACUAG